AUGGCAGCCCCUCACCCAGGUAUUUCUUUUCCUCUGUCUUCUUCUAUUUCUUAUGCACGUUUAUCACCUUCUUUUACUUUAUUUUCUUCUACCAUUUCUUUCCAACAAGACCCACAAUCUUUCAAACAAGCUGCCAAGGACCCUGAUUGGUGCAAAGCAAUGGAAAAUGAAAUUGCUGCCUUAGAACUCAACAACACCUGGACUGACAUUAGCUACCCCAUUCAAGUCUUGAGUCAAUACUUGGAUUGCCCUUCAACUUCUCACCUUACUGCAACACACAAAGUGCUUCACUACCUCAAUCAUGCUCUUGGCCAAGACAUCUUCUUGUUUGCUACCUCUUCUAUUCAGCUCAUUGGAUAUGUUGAUUCGGACUGGGCUUCUUGCCCAGACUCUCGCAGGUCCGUAACUGGUUUUUGUGUUUUUCUGGGGCAAUCUCUCAUUUCUUGGAGGUCAAAGAAGCAAAUUGUGGUAUCCCGAUCCUCUGCUGAGGUUGAAUACCGGGCCAUGGUCUCCGUCUCUACUGAACUCACUUGGCUAUGA